CAGAUAACCUACUCAGCAGGUAACAGUUUUCACCGCUGGUCUGAUGCCAAAGGUUCCUGUACAAAUGGCGGAGGAAUCCUGGCAAAAAUUAGAAAUAUACAAGAUAUUCAAAGAGUGAGGCAACACUUUUUACUUCACCAAGAUCCUAAGUACUGGGUUGGUAUAAAAUUUGACACGACCAAGAGCAACUUCGUAUGGGCUGAUGGAAGUGUCAUUCCUUCCAACGACGCUGAUUUUGAAUCGAUUGUUAAUAGGCAAGAACAACUUUUACCGAAUUACAGAAAGAGAUGUAUGUACGCAACUGAACAAAACAAACUUGUGGCUGAUGACUGUGAGGCUCAUUAUAAAUACAUUUGUCAAAAAGGAGGUGAUAAAGCAACGCUAACAAGUAAGUUCAGCUCAAUCCGAAAGCUUUUUAUAACUUUAAGUUUGAUAAAGAUUACCAUUAUAAAUUGCUUGGAUAGCACAGUACAGUCAAGAGAGCCCCUUUAUCCUCUUUUGGUACAAUACAGUUAAAAUCCUUCUGACGGUAAACUUGUUACCAUAGAGUUGCACAGGCGAGUACACAGUCGACAAGUGCAGCAAAAUCACUCAUUUUGUCUACACCUCUUUGUCUGUUUAAUGGAGAAAAUUACUGUGAAACUCACAAGACCGUGAACACCAGAAAUAUUUAAGGAAUGUUAUUGUGUUGCGAGAAAUAAGCCAAUAAGGGGCGAGAUAACUAAACCGAAAACAGCAACGGGAAUUAGUUUGUGGUUUCGAGGUUUGCUCGCGUGUUGUGAUUGGCCAGUACACAAUCAACAUUCCUGAAUUUUUCAGGUGUUCUUGACAGUAAUAUCUCUUUGUAAUAUGUCUUCAGCUCCCCCCGCCUCGAUUAGUUUAUAAGCUAUUUGCGGGUGGGAAAGUAAUGUAAUUAGUUAUAUUUCCAAUUUUCAAUAAAAUUUGUUGUUGUUGUUGUUGUUGUAGUGUACUAUUCACUAAUAAUAAUGUGACCAUUAAAAAUAACAACAACAAAAUCUGUCAGAAAUUUGACUAUGACGACAACCAUCUACAUAUAUCUCGAAAAUGUCUGUUAUGCUGUAAACGCAUGUCCUGCUGAAGAGUUCUGGUACUGUUCAUCUACCAUGAACUUAAUUAUUUUGUAUUUUGUUUCGUGCAGGCUCUUUGACGUUAUUUACGGCGCCGUCCUCUCCAAUGAAACAACUUUCACCCUCACUCCACUCGUCAUCUCCAUCAUCAUUGGUAUCAUCGUCACCGUCAUUGUCAUCAUCGUUAUCAUUAUCAUCAUCAUCAUCUUUAGAAUCAGCAGCAGCAGAGUCGCCACAGUUUUCAACUCAAAUGUUGUCAUAUAACACUGCCGUAAUGACAUCCACACAACCGAUAUCAUCAAUGACAUCAGCUAAGAAAAAAUUAUCGGCUGCCUCAUCACUAAUAUUGACAUCGUCCUCAACAUCGCUACAUAUAAUUAUCACUCCUUCAUUAACCUCCGCGAAUGGUGUUCAGUUUUCAUCAGUGGAGUACUUGGUAAGAGUUACUAGUUACUAAAGCUCGCGAGUUCAAAAUGAAAAAUCCUACACUUAAGUUGCUGGUCUCCAGGAUAUAAUGAUGCUAACAAUCAUGUUUCAUUUAUCACUGAACUCUAUACUUUCAUAUACGAUUUUUAGGUAACCAAACAUGAAAGUGAAAUCAAUCAACUUGAUGUCGGCGAUUCAUUGUCAUUACAGGUAACAUACAUUUGUCAGUGAAGUGAGUAUGUUGAAGGUAAGAGAGUAAAACUGAGAUAUAGAAAACGUUGAUUAAAAAAGAAAGGAUUAUUUUCGCAGUUCGACUUUCAUUUUUUGUUUUUCAUUUUGACUUUUGUUCUUUUUGGAUUCUUUUUUUUAUGUUUCCUCUUAAAAUAAAGUUUGGGACUUGCUUUUUCCUUUUUACAGAGGGCUGCAAACUUAACAUCUUCCUUACUAAAUAACGUGAAUAAAAUACCAAUCAGGAAUUUGAGCAUCAACAUACUUGUUAGCGGUGCUAAAUUGGAGAAGUUUGCGGUUCAGUACGCCCAGUAUCACUGGGGUUUAAGGAACAGCUCUAAGGCAGAAAUGUCUAUUGAAAUGGACGAAGUAGGUAAGAGAUUCCUUGUGUGUGUGCGUGGUCCCUCUGGGGGUGGGGAACUCAAGAAAGUUUUUCAUUGGGAGUAUCCGCCCCCGGGGACCUGGUCUUCGAUUUUAUGAAACUGUUAGAAAAAUUUUUGUUUCAGUUUUUCUUCCACCGACUCACGCUUGCUCACUUGUAGAUCCAGGUAUAUUGCUCUUACGUUAAGUAUUUCUGUUCGCUGUUUAUUUACAGCUUUGGCGGCAAUGAAAAUUCCAGCUGGUAAUAAAGAAGAUGUUAUCUUUCCCUCAAAUUCAGCUGCGUCUGGAAAAAACUUCAUCCAAGAAGAAAAAAACGCCGUUACUCUUCCAGCAAGUCUUUUCAGUUAUCAAGGUCUUCACCAAUUUAUCCAUUGAAUAAGAUCUAUUGCAGGUCGAUCUCGAUGGGCCAAAACUAACGUUCUUGGCUGGCUAACAGACUGAAUAAUUGACUAAGUGAGAGACUAACUGAUCGACGGAACUGACUGACAGAUUGACUGACUGACUGACUGAAUGAAUGAAUAAAUGAAUGAAUGAAGUUAGUUUGAAACCUACAUAAGAAAUAACAGAGAUACAUUGCCAUCUUUAUCCCCGAUAAAUGAAUUUAUUCUAACCAAGUCUAGUUUAUUUUUGCAAGGUUUUGGGUUAGGAUAAUCCUAUCCUGUUAAUAACGGUUUAUCUUAUUUAUGAAUGAUCACUCUUAACAUUUCAUUAAUUGGUUAAUGUGUAUCCUAACUUGUUUCUAGAACGCUACGUAGUUUGCAUGUUAUACAAAAACAUUGCCGAGCUGAUACCAGAACAGGACAACAGGUUGGUUGACGGAUCUUGAAAUCCUCCCUCGCUACAACAGUAAAUGAACACCGAAAUUUGCACCCACUGACUGUAGCCCCCCACCCUCCCCUCUCGCUCUUGACAAGAUUUACGCUCUUUCCACCACGGACACCUUGAACGUAUAGCGCUGUGGUAGCUCAUUUCUUGAAGGUAUCCUUGCAUACGAAAGGGAGAUUUUGCUUCAACUCUUAGCAUACGACUGUCCGUUUCUGAAAAGAUAGGAUGGGACAAGUGGUAAUUGUAAAUGACCAUGAGAAUGACCAUGAGAACAGGAUUGUAGCUGAAGUUUUUGUUGAAUAUUGACUAGAUACUGAUUUGUAUUUUAAUCUAUAGGCAGGACAUGAGCAUUGUGUCUCGGGUUGUCUCUUGUUCCUUAUUCCCAGAAGUGCCAGGUGUUUUAACUGACAAAGUGACUAUUAAGCUUAAAAGUAUCAAGGUAUAACUGACAGAUUAUAGGGGCCCGGUUGGACCAUUUGAAAAGUUAUCAGGGGAGAGAGGGUGGGGAACUUUCGAACCGCAUGAAUAUUUUUUUCUUAACAGUUCCCUUGUGUGAAUUUUUUAGGCCAGUGCAUAAAUAUCUGUUAGGAUUACUUGGCGCGCAUAAUUCUUUUUCAUUUAAUUUCUCAUGCAAGAAUUUGGCUUUUUUUCGGUACUUCGCUUACCUCCUCCGGCCCCUCAUAAAUUCUCUAAUGGUCCGCCCCUAAGCUAGUUUCUCUGAAUUAAAUUCUUUGAUAGAUCAGUUGUUACAUAAUUGGAGUCGUAGCGUACACACAUUCACUAGCUCGUUCUUGGUCACAUAUCAUCGAUUAAUUGAAGAAGGCUGUUUCCCACCAAAGGCAGAAUGGGCACAAUAUCAUAAAAGCUUAAGGGGACCUUAUUAGUCAAAAUGCUUGGUGUUUUUUGGUAGGUUGGUCAUCCGUAAGAGAAAAUAUUUUAUUCAGUUGAUAUAGUUUAUUACUUUUUUUACACAAGUCAGAAGAGCCUUAAAGAAACUCGGCGCGAAGAAAAACAACAAAAAAAAGGUUUACAGGUAGUUUAAACGUACAUUGAUUUGAGGUUCAUUGAAGUGGAAACUUUGUCUACACCCACCCACACCAUAAAUUAGCCUAUGGAGAGUUGACAGAUGGAUUUUUUACCUUUUUUCAGUUACAGCGGGGAACGACAGGGGUCACGCCAAGCUGUGGGUUUUGGAAUUUUUCUAUUAGGUGAGACAUUGCUCUUCAAGAGGCCAUAAAUUACAAUGAAUUUUACUACGUAAUAAAAUACACCGGUCGUUGGGUGAGCAAAGAUGGACCGGAAAGAAUGUGUUGUGGUUAAAUUUGAACAGCUGUAAAGGUAAAAUCGAUCAACGUUCCUUUAAGCCUUGGCAAGGUUAAUUGUACUCGUAAACAUACAACGAUAUUGCAUAACUUGUAAAAUUUUGUUCACAUAUCCCCAGUCAUCGACGUCAUUUUGUAAUGGAAGUUGCGAAUACGUUUUGCGGUAGUUGGGGUACAAUUUUUCGCUAAAUUUCCAUACUCAUCACUUUCUUGUUUUUUCCUUCACAGAACAAAGAUUGAUGGAGCGUGGUCAAAAACAGGUUGCACUUUGGUUGAAUCAACGCGUGAUCAAACUAUAUGUAGCUGUAAUCAUCUUACAAAUUUCGCUGUUUUAAUGGAAGUUGGGGAGACAAAGGUACCAACAUUUUCAAUGUGCAAGGAUCGCAAAUUAUUGUGUACAGAAAUCUUAAUCAAAUUAUCGAUUUAAUUUUGUUUGUGUCACUGAUUUUUAAUCUUUUGAAAGUUAAGGUAUAAAGUAUCACCUUGAUGACGUACUUGCUAAGUCAAAAGAUGCGUCUAAAUUCUUCUAUAUAAUAAUAUCUCCUGCCAGAUUUCAGAUGACAACAAGUUUGCUUUGGAGGUUGUAACCUACAUUGGAACAUCUCUUUCUCUUUUUGGCGAGACAAUCACUAUAAUGGUCUACUUGAUUCUUAUGUAAGUACUCUAGUCACCGACUAGUUGUGCGCUGUAUUUACUCUAACCUGAUGGUUCGUUAACAAUAAUUUCAAUUAAUCAUUUUCACUCACGUGACCAGAGGUGCUGCAACUUACUUGGAGCAAAAGAAAGUUUUUACAUGAGAAAAGAGUUCAAUCCCCACUGGAUUUUUUGGUACAUUAACAUGGCCUCCGUUUCAUAGUUUUGGUACACCAAUAACUAGAAUUGCUGCCGUGACGUCAUAUGAAAAUGAGUUUAUAUAUAUAAACACUUUAUAACUGAUCCAGAAGAAUGGGUUCAAACCACAUAUCUUUAUAUCAUUAAUUGUUGGCUGAUUGAACGACCGUUUCGUCCUUUUUUUCUAAAGGAAUUUAAAGACAGCACAGUCUCAUAUCCGUUUAAAUAUGGUGUCGUGCCUGGCUGCCGGACAGUUAGUAUUUAUCAUAGGAAUCAGUGCAACUAGGCACAAGGUCAGUAAUGAAUAAAUAAAAUCAAGCAGACAUUACUAUGAUUAUAAAAAGUGUUUCAAUCUUAUAAUUAUGUUUCAUUCUCCUUCUUUUGUGUUUUAAGGUUCUGUGCACAGCCGUUGCUCUAACAAUCAACUAUUUUUAUUUGGUUGCGUUUGGAUGGAUGGUUGCAGAGGGAGUGAUGCUGUACUUAAAAGUUGUCAAAGUUUUCAAUGUCAUGACAACAACAAAAUAUUUCUAUGGAUUCGCAUGGGGUAAAUCAACAUAGCCUCCUUAUUGUAAGCAGGUCGUCUAAACUUAAUAAUGAACUCAGCCCGGGGCUUGUUUUGCUCACUAGCCCAUCUUAACUGGUUUGUUAAGCGAAGCUCAACUGCCAGUGGGUACAAUUUGCUUUUACCAAUGUAUAGCAAAUGCCUGGCGUUUAAUAUUUGCAUAACAUCCUUGAGCAAGUCAACCUUGCUAUUGAUCGUAAGAUGCAGUAAACGCCCUGAUUAUCUGUAUUGAUAAUACAUGACAAUUCCAAGCAGAAAACAGUUGUGACAGACUCGUUAUAUUGUGUCUGCCUACUACUAUCUGCAACGUUACUUUGAAUUACUAGUUGAUUAUGAUGGUGAAUGAUUGUGGCGAUGAUAAUGCUACUGAUGACGAAGAUAAUUUUGAUGAUGAUGAUAAUGAUAAUGAUGACGAUGAUGUUGAUGAUGAUGAUAAUGAUAAUGAUGAUAAUGUGAAACAAGAUUUUAUUGCUUUGUUUUUCAGGAUUUCCAACCAUUUUGGUAGUUUCUGCUGUUGUUACAAAUGUGUUAAUAAAAGGCAGUAUGGACAGCAGCAUGCGUGAUGAUGUGUGAGUAUCUCUGGAAUGAACUGAUAGAAAAGAUUGUCAGAUAAAUCUGACGCAGAUGUUGGGAUCACUUUAUUUCAGACUCUAUAGCCUGGAAUAACUAAAAGAAAAAGCUUCAGUUCAUCCGUAACGAAUUAGCAAUGCAUGCUGCCAUAGGUCGUCUUCGAAUAUGACGUCAUUGUAAACCAGUCUAAGAGUUUGGAAACAGAUUUUUAAAAAAUAUGAAGAUCAUGCAUGUGAACGUGAUGCUUGACUAACAAUAGUUUCUCAAUCUACACUCAGAUAUCUCCGUUCACUAAAAAACUUUGAUACAUUUAUUCCUGUUAAUUUUUCUCACGACCCAUCGAUCAGAAAAAACAUUAGGUCGGUAUUGUUAUUAAGAGGGUUUAAGGGAGAAGUGUGAACGCCGAAGACACUGUCUAAUUUUAAACAACAGCCUGAAUGACAAGGAAUGGAAAUUAAGAAAUUAAUCUACACAGCAUUAUUGUAUAUUUAGGUGCUGGUUCUCGUUCUCAUCUGGUUUUGUUUGGGUCUUCAUCGGACCAGUGCUUAUGGCCUGUUUGGUAAGUAAAGUACUCGCCCGCAAAACAGCGCGUUUUAGGCUGACGGUCUCAUACAGAAUAUUUCAUGUUAGCCCUCGAUCAGUUGUCAAGCACAUUUACAAGUGCAUGUUUUCCAUAGCAAGUUCUUAAGUGUUUAUGUUUAAGUUUAAGUUUAAUAAUACUUUGUCAUGCUAAUACAACAGAUGCAAGUAAAUUAAUUACAGGAAAAUACAAAAAAUUCAUGACUGGAGAAUAAUUGAGGGAAAGUAAAUUCGCAUACGAAGAAUAUUCUCCAAUAUUGAACAUACUAAAAAUUAAAAGGUAAAAUUUAAACAUGGCCCAAAGUCAACCUAAUUAAGUUGCAUACGUUUAUACUUGUCGUUCAAAAGUUUCAAGUGAAAUCCUUUUUUUUUACAUCAUAGGUGAAUUUGGUGAUCCUGCUGCGGAUAGUUGUAGAGAUGAUGAGGCUGACGGACAUGUCAGGGAUAUCUGAGACAAACAGUACAAGGUAAACUGGAUUUAACAAAAGAAAGCUUUUUGAAAAGCUUUGGUUUGCUGUAAAAACUGAUCGUAUUCAUUUCCUUGCAAUCUAAUUUUCGUAAAAAUAAAGCGUAGAGAGCUUCCCGAAAGUAAAUUGUGAAGCAUCUUUUAUGAUGUCUUUUAGGCAGAGCCUUAAGGCAUGCGCAGUCCUUUCACCACUGUUGGGAUUCACCUGGAUGUUUGGUGUUCUUACAGUCACCGAUACUGCAGGACUGGUCUUUCAAUAUUUCUUUACCAUACUUAAUUCAUUACAGGUAAUAAAAGUUGCUCGAAAUAGUAUAACUUAAGUGACAAAUAAAACUGAUAUGCCACUACUAUGAAGGCUUUCAUAGAUUGUUCAAAAUAAAAGUAACACACUAGUAUAGUGUCACUACUUAUCUAAAAUUAUGCUCGUCUUUUGAGAAUAGUUAUGCUGAUGUUAGCACAGAGGACAGAAAUUAUGCUGACUAGUUUUUAGAUAACUUUUAUAAAAAACCCAAAAUAGAUAUAGCCUCUGAAUCAUGUCUAUAGCAAGCGAGAAACACGAAACUACAGUUUAAACUACGUAACCAAAUUUUCCCCUUGCUACCUAUUUACUGUUUAUUCUGUCUUGCCAAGAAUAAGUAGUUUAAUUCCGUUCAGUCAAGUUCAUCCAUAAGAAUUAUUUUUGACAGUUUAGAUCUGCUUAUUUUCCAGCUUGAGAGGUGUUCAACUUGAAUUCUACGUUUGCCUUCCUUUGACCGCUGUCUAGAAAAAAUGCAAAUGUACAUCACGGACCCAAACUGUGUGUUAUGCCCUGAUGACGAUCAUGAUAAUAAUGUUAGUUAUGAUUGACGGAAGCAUACCUUGUUUAUACUAACAACAAAGUUUCAACAAAACACAGGAACACAAUGUUAAUUUUAUCCUUUUAGGGUUUCUUCAUCUUCAUUUUUCACGUAAUUCGAAGCAAAGAAAUCAAAGCGGCUUUGGAAAUAAGAAGGCAGAGAUGGGAAACAACAAGAAGUAUAUCUGUGGCUACGGAAAAGUCUACAAUUGGUAGAGGACGAGUGAGCACAGCGAGAGAAAAAGGCAACUCGCUCCGAGGCAUUGAUAUGAACAAGAUUAGUCCAGAUGAAACGAGUAACAUUAAUCGAGACAUGUUAGCACAGAGGACAGAAAUUAUGCUGACUAGUUUUUAGAUAACUUUUAUAAAAAACCCAAAAUGGAUAUAGCCUCUGAAUCAUGUCUAUAGCAAGCGAGAAACACGAAACUACAGUUUAAACUACGUAACCAAAUUUUCCCCUUGCUACCUAUUUACUGUUUAUUCUGUCUUGCCAAGAAUAAGUAGUUUAAUUCCGUUCAGUCAAGUUCAUCCAUAAGAAUUAUUUUUGACAGUUUAGAUCUGCUUAUUUUCCAGCUUGAGAGGUGUUCAACUUGAAUUCUACGUUUGCCUUCCUUUGACCGCUGUCUAGAAAUAAUGCAAAUGUACAUCAUGGACCCAAACUGUGUAUUAUGCCCUGAUGACGAUCAUGAUAAUAAUGUUAGUUAUGAUUGACGGAAGCAUACCUUGUUUAUACUAACAACAAAGUUUCAACAAAACACAGGAACACAUGUUAAUUUUAUCCUUUUAGGGUUUCUUCAUCUUCAUUUUUCACGUAAUUCGAAGCAAAGAAAUCAAAGCGGCUUUGGAAAUAAGAAGGCAGAGAUGGGAAACAACAAGAAGUAUAUCUGUGGCUACGGAAAAGUCUACAAUUGGUAGAGGACGAGUGAGCACAGCGAGAGAAAAAGGCAACUCGCUCCGAGGCAUUGAUUUGAACAAGAUUAGUCCAGAUGAAACGAGUAACAUUAAUCGAGACAUGCCCACAGUCAUGUAA